GUCACGCGCUGGAAUGGAGCUUGGCGUUAGCUGAAAAGAGUUGUCAGUCUGAGUUCAUGUUUGUAAGACCAUGUGCAAGACUUUGUGACUGCUGUUGUGAGCAGAGCCAGAGGACCGUGGAGGUUAUAAAACGUGAACACCAUAACAUCCUCCAGUUACCGGGUAAUAAUGGAAGUACAAAGCCAACCACAGAAUCCUGGUUCUGUCACUGACACAUGUGUAAUCACGGACUGUGAGAGAGAAUUGCUGGAAAGGGGCGAUCUCAAGAAAGAACCUGUUGCUGACACAGGUGAAACUACUGACUAUGAGAGAGAAUUGGUGGAAACAGGUGAUCUCAAAGAAGAACUUGUCACUGACACAGGUGAAACCACUGGCUAUGAGAGAGAAUUGAUGGAAACAGGUCAUCUCAAGAAAGAACCUGUCACUGACACAGGUGUAAUCAUCGACUGUGAGAGAGAAUUGGUGGAAACAGGUGAUCUCAAAAAAGAACCUGUCACUGACACAGGUGUAAACACUGACUUUGAAAAAGAAUUGUUGGAAACAGGUGAUCUCAAGAAAGAACCUGUUACUGAAACAUGUGUAAACACUGACUGUGAGGGAGCAUUGGUGGAAACAGGUGAUCUCGAGAAAGAACCUGUCACUGACACAGGUGGAAACACUGACUGUGAGGGAGCAUUGGUGGAAACAGGUGAUCUCGAGAAAGAACCUGUCACUGACACAGGUGGAAUCACCGACUGUGAGGGGGCAUUGGUGGAAAAAGAUCUCCAGAAUGAACCUGUCACUGACACAGGUGUAGUCAUGGACAACGAGAGAGAAUUGGUGGAAUCAGAUCUCCAGAAAGAACCUGUUACUAAAACAUGUGUAAUCACUAACUCUGAAAGGGAAUUGCUGAAAACAGGUGAUUUCAGGAAACACAAAGAUUGUGGUGGUCCAACAAAGCGGUCUCAUAAGUGUAGUGUGUGCGAGAAAACAUUUACACAGUCAGGUAGUCUGCAGACACACAUGAGGAUUCACAGUGCAGCCAAGCCUUUUCAGUGUGGUGAAUGUGGGAAAGUAUUUAAACACUCACAUAACCUGCAGAAACACAUGAGGAUUCACAGUGGAGUCAAGCCUUAUCCGUGUGUUCAAUGUGGGAAAGAAUUUACACGGUCACAUCACCUGAAGUCACACAUGAUGAUUCACAGUGGAAUCAGGCCUUAUCGCUGUGUUCAAUGUGGGAAAGAAUUUUCACGGUCACAUCACCUGAACUUGCACAUGAGGAUUCACAGUGGAAUCAAACCUUAUCAGUGUGUUGAAUGUGGGAACGGAUUUAGACGGUCAGGUGACCUGCAGUCACACAUGAGCAUUCACAGUGAAGUCAAAGCUUAUAAGUGUGUUGAAUGUGGGAAAGCAUUCAGACGGUCAAGUGAUCUGAGGUCACACACGAGGACACACACUGGAGUCAAGCCUUAUAAGUGUGUUGAAUGUGGGAAAGGAUUUACACGUUCAAGUGAACUUAAGACACACAAGAUGAUACACACUGGAGUCAAGCCUUAUCAGUGUGGUGAAUGUGGGAAAGCAUUUAGACGGUCAGGUGACCUGCAGUCACACAUGAUGACUCACAGUGGAGUCAAGCCUUAUCAGUGUGGUGAAUGUGGGAAAGGAUUUAAACAGUCAGGUGACUUGGAGACACAUGUCAGGAUUCACACUGGAGUCGAUCCUUAUCAAUGUGUUGAAUGUGGGAAAGGAUUUACACUAUCAGCUAACCUGCAGAAACACAUGAGGAUUCACAGUGGAAUCAAACCUUAUCAGUGUGGUGAAUGUGAGAAAGCAUUUAGACAGUCAAGUGAUCUGCAGUCACACAUGAAGACUCACAGUGGAGUCAAGCCUUAUAAGUGUGUUGAAUGUGGGAAAGCAUUUACACUAUCAGCUAACCUGCAGACACACAUGAGGAUUCACAGUGGAUUGAAGCCUUAUCAGUGUGGUGAAUGUGAGAAAGCAUUUACUAUGUCAGCCAACCUACAGACACACAUGAGGAUUCACACUGGAGUCAAGCCUUUUCAGUGUGGUGAAUGUGGGAAAGCAUUUACACAGUCAGGAGGCCUGCAGAAACACAUGAGGACUCACACAGGCGUCAAGCCUUAUAAGUGUCUUGAAUGUGGGAAAGCAUUUACACGGUCAUGUGAUGUGCAGAGACACAUGAGGACUCACACUGGAGUCAAGCCUUAUAAGUGUGAUGUGUGUGAGAAAACAUUUACACUAUUAGGUGAUCUUCAGAAACACAUGAGGAUUCACAGUGGAGUGAAGCCUUAUCAGUGUGGUGCAUGUGGGAAAGAAUUUUCACAGUCAAGUAACCUUCACAAACACACAAGGAUUCACUGUGGAAUGAAUUGAUUUAACUUAAUGUAUUGAAAUGUCAUAGGUGUAACUCUCUAAUGUGUUCAUUAGAACUGAUAAAUGACAUAUUACAAGUUAUUCCUUUAAUCCAUGCAUGGACUUUUGACGACUAUGCUGGUCGCACCCAGGGGAUUCUGGUUGUAAUAGGCCCCCAGUAAACUUUGCUGGUCGCACCCACAGGAUCCUAGAUAUGCUAGUCGUAACAAGUGACGGAUUGUCAGACUCGCUGACUUGGUUGAAAACCUGUCAUCAUCCACCUUCUGUGUGGAUGGUUGCUAAUAAAAUCAAUAACUUGAU